UCUCCAUGCAGACAGACCAUCAUUGCGGAGCUAUGUCAAUUGUAAUACAGUGAAUGGACAGAUGACAUGAAAGGAUAGCUGCUAGCUGUGUUCGGGUUGCAUGCUCGUAUUACUUUGAUGUACACGCAUGAUAUUACAGAAUGAGAGUGUUUAACGUAUGGCCGAGGCUAUCUCAUGCAACUCUGGAUUUUCUGUUUACGACGCGCAGAGUCGUUUAUUACUCAACAUCCUCAACAUUCACUAAUUUUACAGAAAUUGGUGACAGCAUGUCGUCUGAUCAAAAGGAACAGAAAACAUCGCCAGUUCCGACGAAUGAAAAGGGCGAAUAUAAAGGGGCUACGACUGCAUUUCGCAACUGGAUCACGGCCGAUGGAGAAUUUCAGCCGGAGAAAAGCCGUUAUCAUCUGUACGUGUCAUUGGCAUGCCCGUGGGCUUCCCGAACUCUCGUAACGCGUAAACUAAAGGGACUGGAGGAUACCAUUGGAGUUACGGUGGUAGAUUGGUUGAUGGGAGAGAAAGGAUGGUUCUUUUCGAAUGAUAAACCGAAGACAUCACUCGAUACAGUCAACAACUGCAAAUAUAUGAGGGAGAUUUACGAGCUCGCAAGCCCGGGUUACAACGGUCGCGUGUCUGUACCCGUACUUUGGGAUAAGAAGAACAGAACCAUCGUCAACAAUGAAUCUGCCGAGAUCAUGAGGAUGUUCAACAAGGAGUUCAAUGCCUUUUCCGCCACCAAGGAACAAGGAGAAUUGGAUCUGUGCCCUCCAGAUCUGUUGAAAGAUAUUGAUGAGGUUAAUUCCUGGAUCUAUGAGAACAUCAACAUUGGAGUUUACAAAUGUGGCUUCGCCACCAGUCAGGAAGCUUAUGAUGAUGCUGCUCCUAAACUGUUUGCCGCCCUUGACAGGGCCGAAGAAGUGUUGUCUAAAUCCCGAUAUCUUUGCGGAGAUAGAAUGACAGAAGCCGACAUUCGACUCUUCACUACUCUCGUCAGGUUCGAUACGGUCUACGCCCAUCAUUUCAAGUGCAACAAGAAGCGGAUCGUUGACUACCCGAAUCUUUGGGGUUUCACCAGGGAUAUCUUCCAGACUCCAGGAGUAAGUGAGACUGUAGAUCAAGAACACAUCCAGAAGCACUACCAAGUGAGCCACGUACACAUCAAUCCGAAUCGCAUAGUGGCCAUUGGGCCCGACCUGGACUUUAAUAGCCCACAUGGAAGAGACGUAAAAUUUUCCAAGUAGAUAGGUCCGAGAUAGGUCUACAUCUUGAGGAUUUUACUGCUAUACCCUUAUGAUUAUGCUACCUAGGCUUGACAUUGUACUAGCUAAAAAUCUGUUCAUAGCCCUAUCUAUAUAUUAAAUCAGUUGAAAAGCAGUCUAUAAUUGUUACCAAUUGUUAUCUCAAAUGUGUGAAUUAUUUUAAGAAUAUUCAAUAAAACAUUACAAGCGAAACUCGGUGAAAGAAUACAUAGAAUAUCUUUUUAUCACGACAUUGUACAGAAAAUAGUGAGCCGUCAUUUUAGGAAUCGAUUGCUGUCAGUGGCGUACCUAGGAUUUUUCACAGGGGGGGCAAAAUUGGCCGCCCAAAAAUUUGACAAGCAAAAAAAAAAAAAAAAAAAAAAAGGUCUUCAAAAUCUCGUCAGGGGGGGGGCAGAGUGCCCCCCCUGCCCCCCCCGUAGGUACGCUAGUGAUUGCUGUUACAAGCGAAACUCGGUGAAAGAAUACAUAGAAUAUCUUUUUAUCACGACAUUGUACAGAAAAUAGUGAGCCGUCAUUUUAGGAAUCGAUUGCUGUCAUAGAUAUUAUGCAUUAACUAUUUUUUUUCAUCAUUUUUACUUUGAAAUUGUAGAAUAACGUUCCAUCAUUAAUUCGAAAUGUAUAUUUACUCCGUUGUGAAUUGCCUUGACGGUUCUUCCGUUUUUAAAGGAUAGGGCCUAUAUAUACCCUUUUUAAUAUGAACUCGUUGUUUUUUGUGUUUUCAUGGCAAUGUUUUUUUUUUCAAAAUAGGACUGUGAAUGGGGAAGUUCUACUCGAAGGUUAAAUGUAUUCUGCUAUAGACAACUUUGAAUCAUUAUUAAUUUUCUUUUCAUCUCACAUUACUUGUUAAUUUUAUCUAUUCAUUAGACUAUCAAUUCACUUAGUUUCAACUCUGCAAUUAUUCAUAGUGAUAUCUCUUAUGACUCUCCAAUCUUCAGUGACUCACCCUACCCUAUACCAGGGGCGGUGAUGCUGGGGGCGAUCAUCCCCUUUGAUUUUUUUUAUACCUCUAAGUAUUGAUUAAACUAGAACUAGAGGAGAAAGGGGGGAAAUUGAAUAAGAAAGAAGAAUUUAGGAAAAGACUCUUGGUAAUAAUCAUGUGAUUGGAAGGGGGAAAAAUUACGCCACAUCUUGACCCUUAUCAAAAUAGUCUAGCACCGCCCCUGUUUCCAACAUAAACCAGACAAAUUCAUAUAUCCCUUUCUACCACAAGCAAACAGAGAACAUAGAGGCCAGUAGUAUUUCAUAUGUUUUCCCUGUCGAUAUAUUUUUACGAUAACAGAUUCAUUCAGGACUAUAUACAUGAUAUAGGAGUGCCAAACUGCCAAUAUCGUUUUCAUUUCAAUUGCGAGAAGGGAAGGUGUUGUUUUUGUGGUUAAUACUUAUCAUUUCGCAUUUCCAUUUUAAACGAAAAACUUCCAUUCACAAAAUGGCUGCCUCCAUUGUAUUCAACCGUCUCGCUAGUGCUUUUCAGACAAAAGAUUUCUGAACUCUGUAGCAAUUUACUCUUUAUGGUCGAACUGCAUUAUUGACUUCAAAUAUAUGCAAACCAGGAGCGUACGCAGGGGAUGGUUACAGGGGUUCAAACCUCCCUUUAAUUGUUUUGAUACGACCCCCCCCCUAAAAUAUGUUUGAAGACUUUUUUCUUUUUCUUUUUCUUCUUUUUUUCUUGUCAAAAUGUUUGGUGGUACGAAACGACGUAAAAUUUGUGGUGAAGACUUUUUUUUUUGCUUAUCAAUUCUUUUGGGGGGAAUAAACGACCUGAAGUUGGUGGUAAAGACUUUUUUUCGGGGGGGGGGGGUUGGCAACAUUUCAUUCAGCUUUAACCCCCCCCCCCUUGUAAAAAUCCUGCGUACGCUACUGAUGCAAGCACAUGUGUGAAUGUGGCGAUAUUUUAUUGAAGCGAUUAUGAGAAUAGGGUAUGAUUAUGAUCAUACAGAAAAUGUAAUACUGGAGGGAAAGAGAGACGGCAGUGAGAGAAAAUGGAUUAAAUUAUUUUAAGAGCACCGUGGAGUAUAGCAAUCAGAUUGCCUUUUAGUUGUAUUCAUAAUUUAUUUUGUAUUCUUCAUUUUUUUAGAGAAAAGUAGAAUCAGAAAUGUAACUCAAAAUAAUGUAUGUUUAAUUGAUUGCAACUUUUUGUACAGAAUAGAUUUGUAUUUACUCUUUAUUUUGUGAAUGAUUGAUUUUAUAUUCUCUGUUACUCGAUCCUAUUAAAGGCCAAAUCCACUCCGACCAAAACUUGAUUCGAAUAAAUAUAAUAAAAUCAAACAAGCACAACACUUCUUGUAGAUUUGAUGAUGGAGAAGCUCUUUAUCAUUAAUAGUUUUACAAUGGCGAGGACCAGUCAAUAAUGCAUAAGACGUGAAAUAAAAUUGUUCAAGUUUUUAAGAUUAAAUUAAAAGAAAUAUUGUGCGACACCAUCA